AUGUGCAUUCUCAUGGUGGGCCUAGAUGCUGCUGCAAAGACCACCAUCCUGUACAAACUAAAGCUAGGUGAAAUGGUGACCACCAUUCCCACUAAAGGCUUCAAUGUGGAGACCGUGGAAUACAAGAACAUCAGCUUCACUGUGUGGGACACAGGGGGCCAGGACAAGACCUGGCCUCUGUGGUACCACUACUUCCAAAUCAGACAAGGUCUCACCUUUGCAGUUGACAGCAGUGACACAGAGCAUGAGAAUGAGGUCCAAAAGGAGCUCAUGAGGAUGCUAGCAGAAGACAAGCUUAGGGACACUGUUCUGCUCAUGUUUGCUAACAAAUAG